CUUUCUUCCUGUCCUUAUAUUUCCAAAUUUGUUCUUUUCUAUUCUAUAUUACGUCCUCCAGCUAUGGACAUUCCUUUCCUAUAGUUCCUUUUUCUGGCAAUUCCUAAAAUCUGUCUUCACAGAUUCGUGCUUCUCAGGAUGAGAGGAGGCUUUUCCAGUUUCAGGGGUAAAGAAUUCUUUCUUCUUCUCAUUGUUAUUCUGGGCACAGUCAUUCUCAUAUGGGCAUGGGACAGAACCCCAUUUGUUACUACCAUACUUCCACCUAAAGAGCAUUUCCAGCUACCUCAAGCAUCUUCAGAACCGCAUUUUCAAGGGAGCAAAGAUGUAGCUGUGGCUGGUCAGAAUACUGCAAGUAGCUAUUCACAUCCAGAGAAAGAAACUCCCCCAGCUACAGAGGAUACAGAAGUGCAAAAUAAACAGGUCCCACAAGUUGAAAAAAAUGACAGUGGACUAAGUUCUCCUUUGUCAGAAGCCAAAGGAAGAGCAAGCUCUUCUGCAACAGAAAUAGAAGCUAAAGACAAUCGGGUGGUGGAAUUAAAAGAAAAUGGCACUGCUGAGAGUUCUACUCCAACAGAAGCAGAAGGAAAGCACGACCAGAACAUAGGAGAAAAACAUCUGAAACGAAAUGAACAAACCAUGGAUUUAGCAACACCAAUGGGUUCUGCAAGUACAAACUCUUCCAUGGGGGAACAAGACAAGAAGAAUUUUACAACACUUGUGAAUAACCCAGGCUGUAAUUAUAAAAAAGGGAAAUGGGUUGUAGAUAAUAGUAGGCCUUUGUAUUCUGGUCUUGGUUGUAAGCAAUGGCUUGCACAGAUGUGGGCCUGCCAGUUGACACAACGAACAGAUUUUGCUUAUGAGAAGCUACGCUGGCAACCGAACAAUUGCCAAAUGGAAGAAUUUGAAGGGGCUAAGUUCUUAAAAAGGAUGCAAGACAAGACUCUAGCUUUUGUUGGAGAUUCACUGGGCAGACAGCAGUUCCAGUCUCUUAUGUGUAUGAUCACUGGUGGAAAAGAGAGGCCUGAUGUCAUCGAUGUGGGACAGGAGUAUGGACUUGUCAAACCUCGGGGUGGUGUCCGCCCUAAUGGGUGGGCAUUUCAGUUUCCAAGCACCAACACCACUGUGCUCUAUUACUGGUCAGCUUGCCUUUGUGACUUGGAACCUAUUGAUAAAAAAAACCCAGCCACUGAUUAUGCCAUGCAUCUUGAUCGGCCACCUGCAUUUUUGCAUCUGUUUCUUCACAAAAUGGAUGUCCUUGUUCUCAACACAGGGCAUCAUUGGAACCGAGGGAAGCUUAGGGCAAAUCAUUGGGUCAUCCAUGUGGAUGGCAUGCCCAACACCAACAAGAAGCUGGCAAUGAUUGGAGAUGCCAAAAAUUUCACAAUCCACAGCAUUGUCAAUUGGGUGAACAAACAACUUCCAAAAUAUCCACGCUUAAAAGCCUUCUAUCGGAGCAUCUCACCUAGGCAUUUUGUUAAUGGCGACUGGAACACUGGGGGAAGCUGUGACAAUACAACCCCUAUGUCUGUUGGAAAGGAAGUAUUGCAAGAUGAGUCUAGCGAUUAUAGUGCUGGCAAUGCAGUAAAAGGGACAGGGGUUAAGCUCUUGGACAUAACAGCUCUGUCCCAGCUGAGGGAUGAGGGCCACAUAUCACGAUUUAGCAUUACUGCCUCGCCUGGAGUGCAGGAUUGCUUGCAUUGGUGUCUACCUGGUGUUCCUGACACAUGGAACGAAAUCCUUUUUGCACUUAUUAGUGAUACGUCAAAGCUGCAGGAUGAAUGAUUCUUGACAUAUGAUUUGAAGAAAAAUAUAUUCUUUUAUGGAUUCAGACGAGAUCACCAUCAUUACAAUGGGCAAGGCAUGGUUUCAGGUUGGAAUUUUUUUUUCUGAACCUUGAUUCGUAGAGAAGGUUCCAUUUGUUGGUUCACAUGGCAGAUAUUUCUUGUUGCAGUUUAGCCUUUGGGUUUAUAGCACGUCUGACUGCAAUUUCUCUGAAUUACUGUACUUUCUUUCAGAAUUAAUGGCUGCUGGAUAAAGUGCAGCUAAAUAUGACUUCCAAACAUGGUAGCAAAUUUAGGCAUUUCUCCAAUUGUGGCCAAUGUAGGGAAGAGCAUUGGAGAAAGAAGUAUCAGUGGGAGAAAGAAGUAUCACUAGUAGAAAGAGUAGUGGGAGUUUUGGAUUAGUGUUCUACACUGGAUGAUUGUAUAAAAUAAAUACAAGUAAACUCCACAUUAUAGCAGUGUAUAGUGUUGGGGAUUCAUCUGUAAUAUGGCAACAGACAAUAUAAAAUUUUCCUUGGCCUUUGUAGUCGCCCGCGAACA